AUGUCACCCCUAUGGCACAGUGACGUCACGCCUCUCGGCGCACGACGCGCCGCCAGGCGGGGUGAGGGACUCGCUGAAGCAAUUCACGAGCUCGGACUAGAAGUGUUGAACCGACCAAGCUUCCCACCAACUUUCGAAGGUCGCCGUGGAGCGACCACCAACAUUGAUGUGACACUGAAGAGUGCACACGCGCAUCUCCGUGCGGAGAAUUGGAAGGUAUGGCGGGGAACAACACUAAGUGACCACAAUCUGAUCACAUUCACUGUAGCCUAUGAUGGGGAGCCUCCUCCUCAAGACCAGGUGAACGGCAUCGUCAAAUACAACUGGCGAAAGGCUGAUUGGGAUCGACUAAGAGGAAAUCUAGUAGUACCGAAUUGGCCAAUGGAUCGCAUUGUGGACGUGGACAAAGCUGCAGAGGAGCUGACGGCGGCCAUACAGACAGCAGCAACGGCGGAGGGCUCUGGAACUCGUGAGGGAAAGAGCAGGAAUGUUGUGGACCCUGCUAAUCACAGGGGAAACGUGCGCCGGCUGAUGCCCAUUGUAAGCGGAUGCUACGGCGGCACCACCUCCACGCGGUUCCCGUGGGCACUGGGCGGCAGGCCGCGAGACCUGACGCCCGGUGGCAAAGAGUGCUCCUCUGAGGAUAUAGAGGAUCCGUACCCCCGCACAAUGGUGAUGGUGCCUCCACCACCCAGUGCUACAAAAGUGCCCUCCACUGGUGACACCAGCACCCUCUCAUCACCGAAGUCCCUGUCAGCAAGAGGAACACCAGCACCACCGGCUGCUCCUCCUGCGCAUAUCAACAGCAGCAUCAACAAAGCACCCAUCGCCGAGGGGCAACCCGGCCCCAACACACGUAAUAUAUCAGGUCGCGGUCCUCCCACUGGAGGCGCCGCGGUAAUUGUUGGGCCACCAUCUGACGCCACCAGUCCAGAUCGAGUCGCCGUGCCUGCAUUUCAGUGCCCUGAGUGCCAUCGGAGCUUCAGCACCAAGAGUGGUCUUGGUGUCCACCGCCGCAGGGCUCAUCCUGGUGCAGAGAAUGCAGAAGUCAACACCCUGAGGACGAAAGCCAGGUGGUCUAGCGAGGAACCGUUACGCCUGGCCCAUGCAGAGGCAUUGCUGACACUCGAGGGCACCCGGUUCUGGAACCAAGAAUUAGUGAAGACCUUCCCACACUGCUCACUUGAAUACAUCAAGUGCCAGUGUCGUGCGAGAGCUUACAGGAACCAGGUUGCCGAGUUCGUUGCUGCCCUCUCUGCUUCUGCAGAGCGUCCUCGCACCUCUGCUGCUGCUGCUGCAUCACCUGCUGGGACAUCCGCUGUUUCCCUGACUCCACCAUCGGCAGAGGACCCUGCCGACCAGGCUAUCUUGUCGGCCUUAGCAGCCUUACCACCGUCGGGCUCAAAGUAUCGCUCAGUCGACGACAUCUUGGCGCUGGGACACACUCCAUCGAAUCAUGUCAUCAUGGGCAUGCUGCCACCUGCACCUAAUGCCAUUGGUAGACCUGUGCAACCUGCCAAGCAGAACACUGCCGCCUCCCGACAGUUCUCUCAAAACCCGGUGAUGAGGCAAGGAGAAGGAGGCAAGGAGAAGGAGGCAAGGAGAAGGAGGCAAGGAGAAGGAGGCAAGGAGAAGGAGGCAAGGAGAAGGAGGCAAGGAGAAGGAGGCAAGGAGAAGGAGGCAAGGAGAAGGAGGCAAGGAGAAGGAGGCAAGGAGAAGGAGGCAAGGAGAAGGAGGCAAGGAGAAGGAGGCAAGGAGAAGGAGGCAAGGAGAAGGAGGCAAGGAGAAGGAGGCAAGGAGAAGGAGGCAAGGAGAAGGAGGCAAGGAGAAGGAGGCAAGGAGAAGGAGGCAAGGAGAAGGAGGCAAGGAGAAGGAGGCAAGGAGAAGGAGGCAAGGAGAAGGAGGCAAGGAGAAGGAGGCAAGGAGAAGGAGGCAAGGAGAAGGAGGCAAGGAGAAGGAGGCAAGGAGAAGGAGGCAAGGAGAAGGAGGCAAGGAGAAGGAGGCAAGGAGAAGGAGGCAAGGAGAAGGAGGCAAGGAGAAGGAGGCAAGGAGAAGGAGGCAAGGAGAAGGAGGCAAGGAGAAGGAGGCAAGGAGAAGGAGGCAAGGAGAAGGAGGCAAGGAGAAGGAGGCAAGGAGAAGGAGGCAAGGAGAAGGAGGCAAGGAGAAGGAGGCAAGGAGAAGGAGGCAAGGAGAAGGAGGCAAGGAGAAGAAGGCAAGGAGAAGAAGGCAAGGAGAAGAAGGCAAGGAGAAGAAGGCAAGGAGAAGAAGGCAAGGAGAAGAAGGCAAGGAGAAGAAGGCAAGGAGAAGAAGGCAAGGAGAAGAAGGCAAGGAGAAGAAGGCAAGGAGAAGAAGGCAAGGAGAAGAAGGCAAGGAGAAGAAGGCAAGGAGAAGAAGGCAAGGAGAAGAAGGCAAGGAGAAGAAGGCAAGGAGAAGAAGGCAAGGAGAAGAAGGCAAGGAGAAGAAGGCAAGGAGAAGAAGGCAAGGAGAAGAAGGCAAGGAGAAGAAGGCAAGGAGAAGAAGGCAAGGAGAAGAAGGCAAGGAGAAGAAGGCAAGGAGAAGAAGGCAAGGAGAAGAAGGCAAGGAGAAGAAGGCAAGGAGAAGAAGGCAAGGAGAAGAAGGCAAGGAGAAGAAGGCAAGGAGAAGAAGGCAAGGAGAAGAAGGCAAGGAGAAGAAGGCAAGGAGAAGAAGGCAAGGAGAAGAAGGCAAGGAGAAGAAGGCAAGGAGAAGAAGGCAAGGAGAAGAAGGCAAGGAGAAGAAGGCAAGUGCCUGUCACUGAGUAAGAGUGGCAAGCUUUUCACAUAUCAUGGCAGCAAGAGCUUCUACUCAGCAGACCAGGACCUGUCACUGGGUGUGAGGGACAAGCUUUUGGCAUAUCAUGGCAGCAAGAGCAUCCACACAGCACACUAG